AUGGCUGCGACUGCGACUUUCUCAGCGUUACUGAACCCUGAGCUCUUACAGAUUCCAGCUACCUUUCUGGUUCUCGGGAUCGCAUUUCACCAGUGCAUCCGGACCUACGAGAUCGAUAAUCGGAUAUGGUCAUUUGUGGCGUUGUACCUGGGAGCGUGGCUGGCGCUUUGCGCAGCCUAUGUCUACAUCUACUCCUUGAGUGUAGCAUCUACGAUCGGAUGCGCCAUUUAUGCUUCGUGUUGCUUUAAUUUGGGACUUACGAUCAGCAUCUUAGCCUACCGAGCGUUCUGGCAUCCCCUCAGGAAAUUCCCAGGCCCUUGGGAUGCGAAACUGAGCCGACUAUUCCUGGUCAAACAGGCCAUUAAUCGCACUCAGUAUCACCUGGAUCUCCAGGAAAUGCAUCAAACUUAUGGCGACUUUGUGCGGACGGGUCCCCGUGAAGUCUCGAUCAAUCGACCAGCAGCCGUUCUGACGAUAUAUGGACCGCAGUCGCUCUGCACUCGGUCGCCCUGGUACAGCCAUGUAUCGGAUGAUAUCUCUCAGACCUCGUUGAAUUCGACCCGGGACCCCAAUGUCCACCGCCGGCGACGGAAGGCUUGGGAUCGUGGGUUUAGCAUCAAAGCUCUGGCAGCGUAUGAGACAAGCGUCCAGAAUAAAGUCGAUGUUCUUAUCGAUCAAAUCCGCUCCAGGGUAAAUGAACCGCUUGACGCCUCGCAGUGGAUGAUGUAUUUUGCCUUUGAUGUGAUGGGCCUCGUUGGAUUUUCUCAAGACUUUCGUCAGCUGGAGGACGGUGCAGAACAGGAGGCUAUUAAGGAGCUUCAUCAGCAAAUGCUGUUUCUUGGGAUUCUGAAGCCUGCACCGUGGAUUUUGACCAUCCUUGGGUCCAUCCAGGGACUGGUAGGUGAAUACGGGCAGUUCAUGACUUACUGCGAAGACAGAAUCUCAGAACAGAAAAAAAAAUGGGCCUCGAAAAGCGAAAAGGUGGGGGACAAAGUUCCGACAAACGUCAUAUCAUGGCUGCUGAAAGCCCUCGAGGAGGGCGAUCCGAGUGCUCCACCGGGCGAUCAAGCGCUGAACGAAGAUGGGCGUCUGAUGAUGAUCGCUGGAAGUGAUACCACGGGCGUAACUCUGGCGCAUGCGCUGUUCUAUCUUGCCAGCAACAUUGACGCCUACCGAAAGCUGCAGAAGGAACUUGAUCAUACCUUUGGGGAUGGAGCGGAGGCGUCGCAAUUCACCAAUAAAAAUCUUCAGAGCCUGGCCUACCUUGAAGCCGUCAUCCACGAGACCCUUCGCCUCAAACCCGCUGUGCCUAGUGGCCAGCCCAGAGUGACCCCAUCUGAAGGUCUGCAGGUCGACGAGGUCUGGAUUCCGAGCAAGACUAUCGUUGUGGUACCACAGUAUGUCAUCCAACGUGACGAACGAUACUUUCCAUCUGGCUCCCGUUUCAUUCCCGAGCGGUGGCUCGAUGAGAAAGACGACCUCGUCAAGCACGAGGAAGCAUUCUUCCCGUUCCAACUUGGCCAAUAUAGCUGCGUGGGGAAACAACUCGCGUUGAUGCAACUCCGAAGUGUGAUCUCCCGGAUAGCGUAUAAUUUCGAUCUCGCUUUCGCAGCCGGGGAAGAUGGGACCGCUUUUGAUGGCGAUGCGAAGGACACUUUUACGUUUACUAUAGGGCCUUUAAGUCUAGUAUUUACCGAGCGAGCCCGCCAAUAG